AUGGCCAACAGCUCCUUCCAUUACUCCUCCGUUCUCCACAUGGAGUUCAGCCCGCUCAGCGACUUGGCGGAGGACAACGAGACCAACUCCACCGCGGGAGAGCGAAACUUCGGCUGCGUCCAGAUCCGCAUCCCGCAGGAGCUGUUCCUGACCCUGGGCCUCAUCAGCCUCAUCGAGAACAUCAUGGUGAUCCUGGCCAUCAUGAAGAACCGCAACCUGCACUCGCCCAUGUACUACUUCAUCUGCUGCCUGGCCGUGUCCGACAUGCUGGUGAGCGUCAGCAACGUCAUGGAGACCGUGUUCAUGCUCCUCAACGACCACGGCCUCCUGGACGUGCACCCGGGCAUGCUGCGCCACCUGGACAACGUCAUCGACGUGAUGAUCUGCAGCUCCGUGGUGUCCUCCCUCUCGUUCCUGUGCACGAUCGCCGCGGACCGGUACGUCACCAUCUUUUACGCGCUGCGCUACCACAGCCUGAUGACCACCCAGCGCGCGGUCAUCAUCAUCGUGGUGGUGUGGCUGGCCAGCAUCACGUCCAGCAUCCUCUUCAUCGUCUACCACACCGACAACGCCGUCAUCGUGUGCCUCGUCACCUUCUUCUGCACCACCCUGGUGUUCAACGCCGUGCUGUACCUGCACAUGUUCGUCCUGGCGCACGUGCACUCCAGGCGCAUCACGGCCUUCCACAAAAGCAGGCGCCAGUCCACGAGCAUGAAGGGGGCCAUCACCCUCACGAUCCUCCUCGGGGUCUUCAUCGUGUGCUGGGGCCCCUUUUUCCUCCACCUCAUCCUCAUCCUCGCCUGCCCCACCAGCACCUUCUGCAACUGCUUCUUCCGAAACUUUAACCUUUUCCUCAUCCUGAUCAUCUGCAACUCUCUCAUAGAUCCGCUCAUCUACGCGUACCGGAGCCAGGAGCUGCGGAAAACCCUGCAGGAGCUGGUUCUGUGCGCCUGGUGCUUCGGCCCGUGA